ACAACCCCAGAAGUUGAAAUCUUCGGGCUAGACUGGGCGAUGGAGGCGGAAAGUUGUUUGUCUUUUUGUUCCCCGCCUAACAGGACAACCCCGGACGAUUCUCCAGCUUUGGAGCACAGUUCCGACUCUUUUCGCCCCGGUGACGAGCUGCAGCAGGCUGUCCCGCACCACCUUCACGGCCAUCGGCAAGGUUUGCGCGGGGAGUUUUACGGCCCCGCGGCAGCGGCGAGGUUCGCCGACACUCCGGGGGACUUUGCUCACAGCAUGGUGACGCCGAACGCCCGCGCCUUGCCAGUGAAACUGCACAGCAAAUAUUUGGAAACUGUCAACCAAAGUCAAAAGGGUUUGUCGCUGAGCGGGAAGACCGCGCUCUAUGAGAACGUCCCUGAGGCCGGGGAGAAGAGCCUCUCCAAGCCCCUGGGCUUCCCCGCACAGGCGCCCUACUGCUGCAGCAAGCCGAAGGAGCCGACGGCGGCCGAGCUCCCGGGGGACUCCAUCGCCGACUCCAUCGACCUGUCGGGCAAGAGCAAGAAGCGCCGCAACCGCACCACCUUCAGCACCUUCCAGCUGGAGGAGCUGGAGAAAGUGUUCCAGAAGACGCACUACCCGGACGUCUACGCCCGCGAGCAGCUGGCCCUGCGCACCGAGCUGACGGAGGCCCGCGUGCAGGUGUGGUUCCAGAAUCGCCGGGCCAAGUGGAGGAAGCGGGAGCGCUACGGCAAAAUCCAGGAGGUGCGCAACCACUUUGCCGCCACAUACGACAUCUCCAUCCUACCUCGCUCAGAAACGUACCCCCAGAUCCAAAGCAACCUGUGGCCGGGGAGCGGCUCUGGGGGAGCGGGGGCGGGAGGGGGCUGUGUCCUCAGCCCCGACAGCAUGCCCUCCUCCUGCAUGACCCCAUACUCCCACCCCCACAGCAACCUGCCGGGCUUCAUGGGCAUCUCCACGUCGCCCGGCCCUCACCACCACCACCACCACCACCCGCACCCCCACACGGGCAUCAACAGCCUCUACCCGCUGCACGGCUUCCCCGGGGCCCUGGGGGCCCACUCCUUUGAACCUGUGCCCGAGUCCGACUACAAGCCCUCGGGGCUGGUGGCCCUGCGCAUGAAGACCAAGGAGCCCGGCGGCCUGCUCUCCUGGCCCACAUGACGCUGGCGCUGGCCCCCUUGCUGACUGAGACGCUGUACACACGCACGCGACCCGUGCCAGCCCAACUGGCACCUCCGACUGCCGCUUGGCUGGUACAUCCUUCUGAGCAGACUGACAGGGGAGGGCGCUGAGGCCCCCACCCAGGUUUCUGCUAGAGAUUUCACCAUUUUCUUUCAUACAGCUCCUUGCCCUUUCUCCACACGUCCUUCUCCUCUGCUUCCCCAACAUCCUGGGCCCCUUGCCCCUGAACGGCUCCCCUUGAUUAUGCUCUGCAGGGAUGUUCUUUCCCACACAAUGCUGCACGAUGCUGUUGGAGGAUCAGAGACUGAGGAGCACUAAGCCAGUUGCUUCCCCUCUUUCUUUCAAAUGGGAAAGUCAGCUUGUUUAAUUCCUAGCCCCCUGUCCAUAUAAGUCAAUGUUGUGGAUGUCAGCUCUCUUUUGGACAA